AUGCUGUUUUUCCUGGCGUCUGGCUUAAUUCGCCUGUCGAUUCUGGUUUUCAUUCCUCGUCUAGGUCGAGAUCGUGUCUUUAUACGGUGCGUAUGGGGUAUCGGCGUUGUCAUCGUUUCGAUCACUCUGGCAGCAUUCAUCUUCUUCCUCCUAGAGUGCAAACCUAUCGGCGACCUCUUUGACGGCAUGAAUCCUGAUAGAAAUUGUGUCAGCCAAAAAUCGGAAGCUCAUUUAAUGUGGGCGGAUGCUUUCAUCGGGAUUUUGAUCGAUGCCGCGCUAUUCGGGCUGCCAAUCUGGGUCAUCCACAAAAAUAUGACGUUUGGUUCCAAGGCGAUAAAAGUUAUUCUCGUCUUCUGUGUCGGUUUGGCUGCCAUCGUUAUGGGAAUUCUUCGACUUGGCUUCAUGAUAACUACUGACUUUGGCGUUGACACGACUUACAAAAUGGCUCGAGUUGCCGCUUGGGUGACGCUUGAAUUGCAUGUUGGACUCUGGUGUGGCAGCUUUCCUGCUCUUCAGCCUCUGCUUCGCCUUGUUUCCUACAAGGUCGGUCUCCGAAGUCAUCUCGAUAGUACCAACAAGCCGACUCCUCGAGGUACCGAGACAGGAACUCGGCCUGGUGCAAGUAGAUACAUCAGGCAGCUUAGUGCAGUUGAUCCUGAUCCUGAAAGUGACGGCGCGAGUGCAAGAGCUAUCGUCUCAGGCGGUGACUCGACGACAGAAUUUGUGGAGCUUGGGCACGUGGAUAAAGGUAUCAAGACGGUGACUGAUGUAACUGUGAGGGUAGAAGAUCAAGAAUGCUCACGAGAUAGGAACGAAAUGGAAACAACAUGGGAUGUAAUUUAA